AGGGAAGAAACGGUUGCGGCAAGCGUGGAAGGAGGUAGUAUGAACGCAGACGAGGCGCAGCGGUGCGUGGACAUUGCCCGUAAGGCUCUUGCCCGCGGUGACUUUGCCCGAGCCCGCAAGUUUGCCUCAAAGUCGCUCCAGCUCCACGAGAACCCAGACGCACGGCAGGUGCUGCAGACCAUUGCCGAGGCCGAGGGCGGGAGUGGUGGUGGACGUGGCGGAAGUGGCGGAAGUGGCGGGGGUGGGAGCUCGGCGGCGGCGGCGUCGUCGUCGUCGGCAGCAGGAGGAGCUGGCUCGGCAGGAGGAGGCAAGGCGGCGGCAGGAGGGACGAGCGCUGUGCCGCAAGGCCACGUGGACGUCAUCCGGAAGGUGCUGCAGGCCAAGAACGACUACUAUGCAGUGUUGGGCGUGGCCAAGACGGCAUCGGGCAAAGAGAUCAAAAAGGCGUAUCGCAAGAUGGCGCUCAAGCUGCAUCCGGACAAGAACACGGCGCCAGGGGCCAAGGAGGCGUUCACCUCGGUGCAAAAGGCGUACGACUGCCUCAGCGACGAGAGCCGGCGGAGCGACUACGACUCGAUUGGGUUUGAUCGCGAGGACGCGGCGGCGGCGCCACGGGCGCGACCCGAGUACCCGAUGCAUCCGGACGACAUCUUUGAGCAGCUGUUCCGGACGCACUUUGCGCGGCAGAGCGGACACUACCGGGCUGGCGGGCGUGGCGGCGGGUUCCAGCGCGGACGGAGCCCUUUUGCAGGCUCUGAUGGCGGGGCUUUUACCUUUAACAUUGCGCAAAUGCUGCCGCUGCUCUUUGUGCUGGUCAUGGUCCUGCUGUCGGCCACCGAUUCGGGCGCGGCGGACCCGAGCUACUCGCUCUUCCGCGACGCAACGUACGCGGUUCCGCGGUUCACCCGCGCCGAAGGCAUCAUAUACUUUGUCAAGCCGGACUUUGACGCUUCGGUGGCCACGUCGGCGAGCAGCCUCUUGGCUGUCGAGCGACAAGUAGCGUCCGACUGGCGAGCGUACCUUGCUGCCGAGUGCCGCCACCAGUCAGCCGUGCACCAGCGGCUGGUCCAGGAGGCAGCGAGCGCGCCACGGGCAUCUAAGGAAGAGGCCACCCGCGUGGCGCAUGAAUUUGCCACGCCUGCGUGCUCGCCGUCGAAGCUCGACCCGUCGCAGCCGAUCUCGUCGUACCGGGUCGUCCAGUCGCACUGACGCCGCGAGCAGGCACUCAUGCGAGGCCGAGCGCCGCCGCCAGCGCUGGAUCCAUCGGGUCGAUGGCGUCGGCCUGCUUCUCCAGCUUGCGCAUCGGCCAGAGGCGGGCCGGCAGAGCGGUGAUAAACGAAGAGAUUGCCGC